AUGGCGCUAAACUGUUUUUUGGUUAUUUUCUUCGUUAAUAUUGGUUGUGUUGUGUCUGAGAUAAGUUUAAGAUUCAUAUUCAUAGUAGAGAAUCAUGAAUUGGAUCUUCCCGCUCAAAUCGGUGUUGCCAUGAAAGUGACAGAGGAAGUGAAGCCGGAUUUCCAGCUUAGCGACGAAAUAAUACAACUGGAUAGAGAGAACGAAGAAAUAAGUUAUAGGAAACUGUGUUCCGCUCUUGGUAAAGGAGCUACCAUCAUUAUUGAUAUAUCUUGGUCACCAUGGGAGAUGUUAGAUCAGCUCAGUAUACCAGUUCUUCGUACUUCAUUAUCUUCACAACAGCUGGUGACAGCGCUUGAUAAUUAUUUGGAAUCUCGGAAUGCGACUGACGCUGCUAUAUUAUUGGAGAGUGAAAGUGAUGUAGACAGAACUCUUUACGAGCUACUGGGCAGGUCUCAUGUACGAGUAUGGGUGCAUGCAGAACUUAACACGGAGUCUGCUGCGAUGCUGAGGACUAUGAGACCUGAGCCGAGUUUCUUUGCUAUCAUUGGUGAAGGUCGCUUCGUCAGAGAUACUUAUAAACGUGCGGUAAAAGAGAAACUAGUACUUCGUGAGUAUCGCUGGAACCUUGUGAUCACAGAUUAUACAGGUCAGAACUUCGAUGUGUCACAACUGGUACUCCCAGCUGUUAUCUUACACCUGGAUGCAGCAGAGUGCUGUAAACUGCAAGCUCUAGACACCUGUGUCUGUCCUGAGGAUUUCCCGAGGAAGCAGUACAUCCUUAAUAACCUACUGCAAUUCUUAGUAGACAUAUUCAGGAAGAUUCCAGAUACAUCUCCUGCUAUGAUACGUUGUGAUGAGUCUGUUAAAAGUCAGAACAAGUCUAUAGAUAGAAUCCAAGAGUUACUGGCUACAGAGACUUAUGGGAACGAUACUCUGUUCUUUUGGAAUGCUGAUAGAUCCAGUCUUCUAUUACGAUCUCAGUUCAUCUUAUCUUCUGCGAAACCAGGAGUAUUAGAGACGGUUGCGAACUGGUCUGCUAAUGAAGAUUACAAGUUGUUACCUGAUGCUGUACUGGAACCUAUCAGGACAUUCUACAGGAUAGGAACCGCUCCUGCUAUACCAUGGACUAUGAAGAAACUGGACUCGUCUGAUGAAGUUAUUUUGGAUAAAGAGGGUCGGCCACUGUAUGAAGGAUACUGUAUAGAUUUAAUUGAAAAAUUAGCACAGACAAUGGAUUUUGAUUAUGAGAUUGUGAUUCCAAAGUCCGGUGGUUUCGGUCAGAGACUCCGGAACGGAUCUUGGGACGGACUCAUAGGUGAUUUAAUGACAGGGGAAACAGACAUAGCCGUCGCAGCUCUCACUAUGACGGCAGAAAGAGAAGAAGUAAUAGAUUUUGUCGCACCUUACUUCGAGCAAACAGGGAUUUUAAUAACGAUUCGAAAGCCAAUACGUAAAACAUCUCUAUUCAAAUUUAUGACAGUUUUACGUACAGAAGUGUGGCUUAGUAUUGUAGCAGCUCUAAUACUGACUGGUGUUAUGAUCUGGUUACUGGAAAAAUACUCUCCAUAUUCUGCUAGGAAUAACCCUGAAGCUUACCCUUAUCCGUGCAGGGAGUUCACAUUAAAAGAGAGUUUUUGGUUCGCGCUAACAUCGUUCACUCCGCAAGGCGGGGGUGAGGCGCCAAAAGCUCUAUCAGGUCGUACAUUGGUGGCCGCUUACUGGCUUUUCGUUGUGCUGAUGCUGGCCACCUUCACCGCCAACUUGGCGGCAUUCCUUACCGUCGAAAGAAUGCAGACACCGGUGUCCUCGUUGGAACAGUUGGCGCGUCAGUCUCGUAUCAACUACACGGUAGUGGAGUCCUCUAGUGUACACCAGUACUUUAUCAACAUGAAGUUUGCUGAAGACACGCUAUACAGAGUUUGGAAAGAGAUAACUUUAAACGCCAGUUCAGAUCAAGCGCAGUACAGAGUUUGGGACUAUCCUAUUCGGGAACAAUAUGGACAUAUUUUACUAGCUAUUAACGCGUCCGGCCCUGUUGUAGAUGCGAAGACCGGCUUUCAAAAGGUCAACGAGCAUACAGAAGCAGAUUUCGCUUUUAUACAUGAUUCGGCUGAAAUAAAAUAUGAGGUGACGCGGAACUGCAACCUGACUGCAGUGGGUGAGGUGUUUGCUGAACAGCCAUAUGCUCUGGCGGUGCAGCAAGGUUCGCGGCUGCAGGAAGACCUGUCAAGAGCAUUGUUGCAGCUUCAGAAGGAGAGGUUCCUAGAGCAACUGGCUGCUAAAUAUUGGAAUGAAACAGCUCGACAGAUGUGUCCCGAUGCUGAUGAGUCCGAAGGAAUUACAUUAGAAAGCUUGGGCGGCGUCUUCAUAGCCACAUUAUUCGGUCUCGGCUUAGCAAUGAUAACAUUAGCCUGGGAAGUAUUCUACUAUAAACGUAAAGAAAAAAAUAAAACACGUCAAAUCGAAGCCGCCAUAGACAAGAAAGAAGCUUUCGCGCCGAAGAAAAUUAAAAAGAAAUCGGAUAAUGUUGCCAGGUUACGAAAAGUUACUAAUAACAGUAGGAAUGUUACUAUAGGUGAUAAAUUUAAACCUGUCACUGGAAAGGGUGUGUCGUUUAUUAAUGUUUUGCCUAAGAAUGAUUUUAUGCCAUAGGUUUUAAUCGCUUAUAAUGACUUCGAAGAU